AUGUAUCUAUUUCCAUUAUAUUUACUUCUACUAAUAGUUCUUAAUAAUCAAAUCAAUGCUGACAACCAUUUAUCGCCAAUUUAUCAACAGCUAGCAUCAUCAUAUUGCUUUAUUGACGAUUAUUCCACUUGGUUGGAACAACGAGAAGCAUUAAAUUAUUUUAAACAAUUUGCUCAAUUUUUUGGUCUUGAUACCAAACGAAUUGAAAAAGAAAUUGAACGGUAUCGUUUACAACAUGAAUGUUUAAAAGGACUUAAAAAUCAUCCAAUUAAAAUUGUAAAAUCAUAA